UCUCCCGGAGCAGCAGCUGCCGCCGCCGCCGCCGCCGCCGCCGCCGCCAGCGCCGCGCCACUGCCGCCUCCGUGUUCGGGUGUAGAAUUUGGAAUCCCUGCGUCUCGUUAACAAUGAAGCAGAGUUCGAAUGUGCCGGCUUUCCUCAGCAAGCUGUGGACGCUUGUGGAGGAAACCCACACCAACGAGUUCAUCACCUGGAGCCAGAAUGGCCAGAGUUUUCUGGUUUUGGAUGAACAAAGAUUUGCAAAAGAAAUUCUUCCCAAAUAUUUCAAGCACAAUAAUAUGGCAAGCUUUGUGAGGCAACUGAAUAUGUAUGGUUUCCGUAAGGUUGUGCAUAUUGACUCCGGAAUUGUAAAGCAGGAACGAGAUGGUCCUGUUGAAUUUCAGCAUCCUUACUUCAAACAAGGCCAAGAUGACUUGUUGGAGAACAUUAAAAGGAAGGUUUCAUCUUCAAAACCAGAAGAAAAUAAGAUUCGUCAGGAAGAUUUAACAAAAAUUAUAAGUAGUGCUCAGAAGGUUCAAAUAAAACAAGAGACUAUUGAGUCCAGGCUUUCUGAAUUAAAAAGUGAGAAUGAGUCCCUUUGGAAGGAGGUGUCAGAAUUACGAGCAAAACAUGCACAACAGCAGCAAGUUAUUCGAAAGAUUGUCCAGUUUAUUGUUACAUUGGUUCAGAAUAACCAACUUGUGAGUUUAAAACGUAAAAGGCCUCUACUUCUAAACACUAAUGGAGCUCAAAAGAAGAAUCUGUUUCAGCAUAUAGUCAAAGAACCAGCUGAUAAUCACCAUCAUAAAGUUCCACACAGUAGGGCUGAAGGUUUAAAGGCAAGGGAGCGGAUUUCAGAUGAUAUUAUUAUUUAUGAUGUAACUGAUGAUAAUGCAGAUGAAGAAAAUAUCCCAGUUAUUCCGGAAACUAAUGAGGAUGUUAUAUCUGAUCCCUCCAGCUGUAGCCAAUACCCUGAUAUUGUCAUUGUUGAAGAUGACAAUGAAGAUGAGUAUGCACCUGUCAUUCAGAGUGGAGAUCAAAAUGAACCAGCCAGAGAAUCCCUAAGUUCAGGCAGUGAUGGCACCAGUCCUCUCAUGUCUAGUGCUGUCCAGCUAAAUGGCUCAUCUAGUCUGACCACAGAAGAUCCUGUGACCAUGAUGGAUUCCAUCUUAAAUGAUAACAUCAAUCUUCUGGGGAAGGUCGAGCUGUUGGAUUAUCUUGACAGUAUUGAUUGCAGCUUAGAGGACUUCCAGGCCAUGCUGUCAGGAAGACAGUUUAGCAUAGACCCAGAUCUCCUGGUUGAUCUUUUCACUAGUUCUGUGCAGAUGAAUCCCACAGAUUACAUCAAUAAUACAAAAUCUGAGAAUAAAGGAUUAGAAACUACCAAGAACAAUGUAGUUCAGCCAGUUUCAGAAGAGGGAAGAAAAUCUAAAUCCAAAACAGAUAAGCAGCUUAUCCAGUACACUGCCUUUCCACUUCUUGCAUUCCUCGAUGGGAACCCUGCUUCUACUGUUGAACAGGGGAGUACAGCAUCAUCAGAAGUUAUGUCCUCUGUAGAUAAACCCAUAGAAGUUGAUGAGCUUCUGGAUAGCAGCCUAGAUCCAGAGCCAACCCAGAGUAAGCUUGUUCGCCUGGAGCCAUUGACUGAAGCCGAAGCUAGUGAAGCCACACUGUUUUAUUUAUGUGAACUUGCUCCUGCACCUCUGGAUAGUGAUAUGCCACUUUUAGAUAGCUAAAUCCCCAAGAAGUGGACUCUACAUGUAUAUAUUCAUCAAAAUGAUGAACUAUUUAUUUUAAAGUAUCAUUUGGUACUUUUUUUUGUAAAUUGCUUUUUGUUUUGUUUAAUCAGAUACUGUGGAAUCAAAAGCACCUUUUGCUUUUCUCACACACUCUUGCAAAGCUUUCAGAUGUUACUCAGCUACAUAGGUACACAAGAUUUAAUGCACAUUGUUGGCAUAUCUUUAAGUUGGAUUCAAAUGGCCGUUUUUCUCCAGUUGUAGUAACUUGGAUUUCUUUUUUACAUAUAUGCCCAUUAACCCCAGUUAAACUUUUGUUUGUUUUACUUGUUUGAUGCUGUCUGUUUGCAUUGAGUGUAAGUCACUAGAACUAAUGGUAGAACUCUUAAACCUUUGUCUGUUCCAGUUACUUUUAUUAAAUAUUUUUCACUUGGCUUAUUUUUAAAACUGGGAACAUAAAGUGCCUGUAUCUUGUAAAACUUCAUUUGUCUCUCUUGUUCAGAGAAGUUCAUUCAUGUUCAAAGGAAAGGCAAAGUAUACAUGAGUGCUUGCUGUCAGAUAUGGCUCCAGCUCCAUAUACAUAAAAAGAAGGGGGAUAGGAUGGAAUCAACCCCAUCCAUCUCGUUGGAAUAGUUUAAAAGUUUUCUGAUUUGUUUGUGUUUUUUUGAACCAUACUAUUUAGUAAAAUAAAUAUAAUGAAUGUUGCGUACUAGUGUCUGUUAUGUGUCUUCUUUAGAGGUGACACCCACAUAUAAAAAUUUUCCCUUUUUUAUAGGAAGUAGAUAGACUUAAAUUGUAAACUGUCUGUUGUCCAUUAUUGAGUCACACCAAGAUCUUUGUGCCUCAUCUCAAGAGAUAGACUGUGUAUUACAAGGAAGGAAUAUAAGAUCUCUAAACUUAAUGUGUUUUAAAGUUCUUAUGUGUUAAAAAUUAUACGGGCUUGCUUUCUGUAUUUCUAAUAAAGAGAAAUAUGCCUCUCAUUGUCCCAGAUGAGGUAAGAACAUUAUCACUGGAUGCCACUCAAAGGCCUGUAAUUUUUGCCCCUAGAGAAAAUGAAACAGUAACACUUUCUACUUUUUGAACAGUUGUUCAGGAGGCUUUAUAGAGGCUUAAUGCAAGGCAAGCAUCUUUUUUAUCAAGUUGAAUUCUACCUUCAGGCAGAGGGCUGGAAGCAGAGCAGUUUAUAUCUGAAUAUUUUAUAGGGCCAUUUAAUGAGGAAUUACAAAUAUGGCCUUCCUCUUGGCCAUAUUCUGUCUCUCAAUAUCCUGGAAUUUCUCUUACUAUGAUGUAAAAAUUCAGAGUAAAGCCUAGCACAGAGAGAUAGGAAACCCUUCCCUAGCAGAUCUUAAAACAUUUGGCUCUGACAAUGGGAUCUUGGUGAACUAAUUUAAGUCCCCAGCAGUUAGUUUCUACAUUAGCUAUAGAGGUCGCUUUUCUAGAGGUUGUUAAAAGUGGGAACAGAGCCUGAGAUAACUUUAGAGACUUUUCUUAUUCCCUUCUCUUCUUCAGUGUGGAAUAUGAUUAAGUUUCUUCUCCUUGGGGACAUUUUGGAGCUUUAGAAGUAUUCCAAAAAUCUUGAAAAACUUAACUCCUAGUACUUUUUAAAGUUGAAAUUAAAAUUUUUCAUCUUUAGUUGGAACCAAUUUAAGGUAUUGUUAAUACUACCACUUAAAAAUAUAAUUGUUACUGUUUAAAAAUAGUUCUGUGCUUUUUGAAAUGUAUCUAAAGGAAUCUACCAUACUGAUUUGAUAUCAUCAUCCAUUCCACUUCUCCCAAAGAAUUUUAUCCUACUUUCAUUAUGUGUGAAAGUCAUGCAUUGAAGAUACUGUCACACUUCUCUGCAACUAAAUUUGAAAUUGUUUCCUAUAACCUUAAGAUUCUAAGCAUUAAAGAUUGUGUCCAAUCAUACACAGUUCAUCAAAACGGUGUAAUUAUCCAAGUCAUUUUCUCUAUCAUGCAGUUAGAUUAUUUCUACUUCAUAAACAGGGUGGCUGUGUAACUGAAUUCUGAUAAAUAAAUCAGAAGUGAUGUACAGAACUUCCAGGUCUGGUCUGUGAAAACCUCCCCUCUGCAUUCCUCCUUGCUCUU